AUGAGCAGCUUGAAGUGUGGGAAGAGCUUCAGGGAGAGCAACAAGCUGAUCUGCCACCAGAUGAUCCACUUUGGGGAAUGGCCCUAUGAGUGUGGCAAGCGUGGCAAGGGCUUCAGGUUCAGCUCUGUCCUCGUCAUCCACCAAUGCAUCCACUCUUGGGAGAGGCCCUACCAGUGUCCUGAGUGUCUGAAGAGGUUUCAGAGCAGCUCCCAUCUCCUCCUGCACCAGUGGAUUCACACUGAGGAAAGGCUCUUCUGCUGCCCUGACUGUGGGAAGGGCUUCAAGCACAACUGCGACCUCGUCAGACACCAGCGCAUCCACACCGGGGAGAGGCCCUACGAGUGCUCCAAGUGUGGGAAGAGCUUCACCCAGAGUUCUCACUUGAACAAACACCAAUGCCGGCACCAGUAA